UGCUGUUCUUUAUUUUUUUUAAAGUUUUAGCUUCCAGAACAUUUUGUUUAAGAAGCUAAGAAAAGCUGGUAAAGAGAAACAAUCCAGCAUUUCAGUCUUUAAAUAUUGUCAUGGUUGUUAUAAAACAUUGAGGUGUUGAGAAUGUCCUGUGAAGUCUCUAGCCCAUAAUGUCCUGUUAAGUCUUUUACUCUAACCAGUAUGUCCUGUGAAGUUUCUAGCCCAGUAUGUCCUGUGAAGUCUCUGACCCAGUAUGUCCUUUAAAGUCUCUAAUCCAGAAUAUCUUGUGAAGUCUCUUACCCAAUAUGUCCUGUGAAGUCUCUAACCGAAUAUGACCUGUGCAGUGUCUAACCCAGUAACCAAUCUAUGCAUUAAUCAUACUGUUUCAUUUAGAGCAUAUUUUGAUGAAAUGAAUAAAAAAUGUGGCAGACAUUUUCCACAUCAAAUACGAAACAACCCUACUGGUAACUACUUUUGGACAUUUGACAGAAGUGAACAAGAAAAAUGGAAUUUAAAAAAAAAAUACUGAUAUUUGAAACAGCCAACAUUAAUAUUGAAUUCAAGUCAGUCAUGACACAGGACACGAAAUUUCUUUCAACCCUAAAGACACAUUAUGAGGACACUGUGCUGUGAUAAUAUUUAUUUCUUUUACAGCUUUAAGAAACAACAGAAACAAUUAAAAAGAAUGUACCUUGGUUUAAAACAAACACUAGGCAACUGCGGUUAUUUUUAAAAUAAACAACAUGACAUAUGAUUUAAUUUAGAGGCCACCAUUUCAAUGUAAAACAUUUAUUGACAAAUACGGAAUGUCAUAAGUACAGAUUGCAUCCAUAGACAAUCUCUGUAAGGCUGAAUUCUAUUUAAGGCUGUAAUAUCUGUAAGGCUGAGUUCUAUGUAAGGUUGUAACCUCUGUAAGGCUGAAUUCUAUGUAAGGCUGUAAUCUCUUUAAAACCUGAGUUCUAUGUAAGGUUGUAAUCUCUGUAAGGCUGAAUUCUAUGUAAGGCUGUAAUCUCUAAAACUGAGUUCUAUUUAAGGCUGUAAUCUCUGUAAGGCUGAGUUCUAUGUAAGGCUGAAUUCUAUGUAAGGCUGUAAUCUCUAAAACUGAGUUCUAUUUAAGGCUGUAAUCUCUGUAAGGCUGAGUUCUAUGUAAGGCUGAGUUUUUUGUGUAAAUAAAGGCUUGGAACUUGGAGAAAAAUAAACUCAAUAUAGAGGAGUCAGGAAUAUUCUUCUGGUCAAUUACACAUUGAUUUAACCAUACUUACACACAGUGAUGAUGUUACAUUAACCACACAGGGAUGAAGUUAACAAUUAUCAUCAGUAAUCUUUUUAAAAUUGACCACAUAAUGAUGAUGUUAAUAUUGACCACAUAAUGAUGAUGUUAAUAUUGACCACCUUUAUAAAUAGAAACAUCUUAAAACAUCUGAAUGUUUCUUUUUAUCCUUAAAAUGACCAGAUUUUAAGAUCUUCAUUUAAAUUUUAUUUUUAAUAGGACUGUCUUAUUUUACUUAAAAUUUGGAUUUAACACAAAAAAAGUCAUCUUUCCUUGAUAUAACUUAAAAAUAAGGUGCAAUUGUGUUGACAUUUAUACCAAUAAUUGCAUACUGUCCAUAAUAUUUUAUUAUCAUGUCCUUAAAAAAGAAUUCCCCCUAAAACAACAGGGCAUCACUUGUCAUGCAGAUGUCUGCAUGCCAACAGGCACUAACAUCCAAACAAUCCAACAGGCACCACCAUCCCAGCAGGCACCACCAUUCAUACAGAUAUCUCCAUGCCAACAGGCACUAACUUCCAAACAAUCCAACAGGCACCACCAUCCCAGCAGGCACCACCAUUCAUACAGCCAGCACCAUCCCAACAGUACAACCAUCACAAUCCCAACAGUACAGCCACCACCACCAUUCAUACAGCCAUCACCAUCAAAACAGGCACCACCAUCCCUACAGCUAUCCCAAUCAAAACAGAUACCACCAUCUCUACAGCUAUCCCAAUCAAAACAGACACCACCAUCCCUACAACUAUCCCAAUCAAAACAGACACCACCAUCCCUACAGCUAUCCCAAUCAAAACAGACACUACCAUCCCUACAGCUAUCCCAAUCAAAACAGACACCACCAUCCCUACAGCUAUCCCAAUCAAAACAGACACCACCAUCCCUACUGCUAUCCCAAUCAAAACAGGCACCACCAUCCCUACAACCAAUGCCAUCCCUAUAACCAUCACCAUCCCAAAAACACCACCAUCCCCCCAACAACACCACCAUCCCUACAGCCAUCACCAUCAAAACAGGUGACACCAUCCCAAACCUGGAGCCAAUAAAGAAACAUGAGUUAAUUGUCACAGUUGCCAGCAGUUCCACCACAGAUUUGAUUUCGCUCAAGAUUACAUGGUAAACCAAUCAUGAUCUUAAACAAAUUAAGACAUCCACAUAUUUUAAUGCAUUUUUUUUUUGGUUUAAAUUUUAGUCAAAUUCUGUACAAAGACAUUAUUUGAAAAUGGUCAUCAUCAAAAAAUGAACUAACA